UUUUCUUUAACAAGAAAACAGAAUAUUAGUUUCUUAUUAAUUUAAUAAUGAAAUUUUAACUCGCACAGUUAAUGAACACAGAAAAUCAACAUUCAGUGGCCAAAGGCACUUUUACUUAUUGCCACAACCCUCGUGCGUUCCAUGUGUAGGAGACGCGGUGCAGGAAACGAUCGCCGUGAUAUUUCGACCGAAGUAUGACCCGACGACCCCGACAUGUUGGAAUAGAAUCUAAACCCUCUCUCAGAUACUUUCUCUUGAGAAUGUUCCGGCGAAACGUUAUUAAUCUCUUCAUCGGCUGACGGCAACCGGAGAGGGGUGGGAGGAAAAAUGCGACCUAUUGUUAGCGGGAUUUGAGCGGUGCGCAGGUGCAUCGACUUGACCUUUCGAGCGCAUAAGGAAAUUACCAUGCGCGAAACAGCCUGCCAAGUUAUCCUAGUGUCUGACGUUAUUUCGCGCGGAACGAGUUUUGCAUAUCGCUAAUAUGCUACUCGCUAAGCUCUGAUCCGCUCUACUUCGAUUGUAGACCUGUCGAGAGAACCAUCGUUCUUUUUCAUCGAUAACGCCUUCCGUCGCGAACGUAUAAUUUACCCGCGCUCGCGGAUAAAUUGUGAGCGCGUAGACGACAGCGUCUAAGUACCGAAUAUUAGAUGCCAUUACGCAAUCUCGUCAUUAUGCGGGCCGACAUAAAAGUGACUUUCACCGCGAACGGUGUAACUAAUCGGGGGCGUUAUCGCGAGAGUUCCCAGUGAUCCGCGCUCCUCGAGGGCCACGGGGAUUAAUCGUGACGGAGCCAUUGACGACUGAUAUCUGUGCCGUCGCAAAUCGAGUCCUUUAAAUCACGCUGGAUAAUGAAUGAAGUCCCGCGAGCGUAAUGAGAAUGACUUGUUUCUGCACAGAAAUUUUCCAAGUACAUUCCAAGUAGGGGAAGGUGUUGUACUUUUGACCAGUUUGAACUUUCUCUACCUUUCAAUUUUGCUUAAAGAAGUUCGGAAAAGGGAUCAUAUAAAUUUUCACUAACAUAUAUUUGUAACAAGUUUAAAUACAUUUUUUACUGUUAUUUUACCCCAGUUGAAAAAAAGAAAAAGGUAUAACAGUCCGUUGUUCCUUUGACUAUACAUAAAAAAAUAUUAACUUGUUUUAUGAAGUUGUGUAAAUUUUAUUAGAUUGUGUAAAAAUGAAAGAAUACUUACUUUUUUAUGAAAGUGGAUAAUAUGUUUUUGUGUUCACAUGAACUAAGAUGUCCUUACAAUAAGUCAUUCAGUUACCACUCUGAUGACUAAAAAACACAUUAAAAUUUUUAUUUUCCACAUACAGUCAACAGACAGCUCUGUAACACAAGAUCGUCAAAAGUACUUUGAAAGAUCAACUGAUCAAAGGUCAACACCUUCCCUUAAACUUUUCACACCAUUUUCUCAUAAUCCGUUCAUUCAUUACCGUACCACCAUAUACCUGCUUUAAGUGACCAUAAAUAUCGGCAGGUCACUUUUUGAGCAUUCAAGAAUCAAAUAAAAUUCUGUACUUCGCUGUUAACAGGAUUUUAUAUAUAGGAUAAUAAUAAGGUUCAUUUUAACGACGCAUAAUGUUACGUCACAAAAAUACGUAUUAAAACACGUGACUCUUGGAACACUAAGAAAACAAAUUAGGAAGACGGACCAACCUUAAAUUAGGGAGAGGAAAUGACUUGUGCAGUAACUAUGCGAAACGGUUUUUACUUUUCGGAUUACCUUCGUAUAUAUUUGUAUAGUGUAAAUGUAGGUUUGCGAUUACGGUAAAAUAGGUAUAAGGGUAGAUAUUAGGAUAAGGCAAGGACAGAGUUAUAAAGGAUACGAUAGUAGGAUAAUAAGUUUAAAAAAAGAAGAAAUCAAAUCAGAAAGAUAGGAAAGAGAGGAUAGGUAUGCAAGAAAAUAUUCAAAAGGCAAAGGAAAUAGGUACAAUUGUAGAUAUAAGUAAGAGUAUAAACAAAAAGUAAGGAAUGAGUGAGAGUAUGGACGUAUGAGUGUGGUUAAGGUUCAAAUUGUAAACCAAGUCCCUUUCUUGGCUUAAGCUGAAAGUAAUAAAGCUUAUUAUUAUAUUUGUAUAGUGAAAAUAAAAUCAAAGGAAAACGAAGCUCUCACUGGCUUUUGCGUUUUCUAUAGGCAUGUUUGUUACAGUGCGGCGAUAAACCUAUUAGUCCUGCAAGGUUUUAGGGAUAAAAGAUAUAAUAUAUCUUAUAUAUUUUAUAUAUAAGAUUUUAUAUAUGUAAAGAUAUUUUUACAAAACAUAAAAUUGCAACUAAUUUAAGGCAGAAAUAACAAAAUUUUUACUUGCUCGUAUUCCGUAUCGUCGACGAUUGCAUUCGCUAUUACAUCCAAGUGGAUCAAGGCUUUGUGAACUAUUAACGUAACAUAACGUUGAUACAGCAACAGCGCUACUUAAUCACUGUUAUGUGAUCGGUUGCACUCUAAUUAAUUAUUAUUAUAAUUACAAAUAAUGGAACGACGACAACCGAUCUCGACAAAACUUGCGCAUCAUCCUUCAAACCUUGGAAUUAUUUUUAGCAAGACAAAUUUACGUUUCUACGACGUUAUAAUCAUGAAAAAGGACUUGAAUCGUGAAAAAGGUGAAUAUUAUAAUUCAGUUAUAUGAUAUUGAGUCAUUGUUUGCUAUAUUCGCAUUGUGUUAAAUUAACACAAAAAUUUGAAUGGAUCGACAUACGAAAUGUUGAAUUUGACAUAAAUUUUUUUGCUCAGUAUAAAAAGUAUUUUCUGUUAAAGAUGUGUUUUGUUCAAAAAAUAAUGUUAUUUAUCAGAGAUUAUUUCAUUUUAUUUAUUAGAAAUUAUUUUAUUUUAACAAGGAAAUAAAAAUAAUUCUAAUUAUUUGGCUAUUUUUCUGCUUUAUCCUUACUAUUAAUCUUUGUCUUUUGUCCAAAUUUUCGAAAAUUGAAAUCCUUUUCUUGGAACUUUGCUGUUGAAGGUCAAAUUAUAAAAAUCAAAUAACCAAUAAGAAUCGUUGGAAAAAGAGAUUGACCAGUAAUAGGGCCCAGAAAUGUGGAAAGGGAGGGGUGAAGACGAGAAUUGGAAGGGUGGGGGAAUUGCCGCUCGAUGGGCUCACGUUUGGGUCAGGCUACCACAGAAGGCCGGCUACCACCGAAGAAACUGGUUGUGUGGAAGUGCAGCGUCGAAAGUUGGCAAAGAUCUCGAGUGAAUGAUGAGCGAGAAAAGUGUAGACAUUAUUUGGGAUCCUCAAGCAAACUCUGAUCAAAUGAAUUCGUUAGAUCAGAGCUGGGAUUAUUCCAUUGAACUUGCGUGUCUUCGAAAUUUUCUGAAUGGUACCUAUAAAGGAGAUGUGCGUGAAAAUCUUCAAUUGGCGGCGGAACUUGGAAAAACCCUGUUAGAACGGAAUAAGGAGCUAGAAAAUAUCAUCAAACUUCAUCAAUCCACGGUGGAAGAGCAAGCACAGGAGAUCGAGUACAUGAAAAAGCAGACCGCCGCCUUAAGGGAAGUGAACAAUACGCGACUGAAGGUUUACGAACAACUGGAAGUCAGCGUGCAAGAUUUGGAACGAGCGAAUCAUCGUCUGGUGAUCGAGAACACGAGCGAUAAGAAACUGAUCAAAAGUCACUCCCUGACCAUUGAAAAUUUGGAGAUAAAAUGCGAGGAGUUGCAAAAGAAGAUCGAUGAUCUUACCGUACAAAUUCGUCGACAGUCUACAUUACAGUCUACUGUAACAAGUCCGUCUGGGAAUAAUACACAGCAGCAAAAUAAUGAUUGGGAGACUCCGAAUACGCAAGGUGGCAGCGAGAAACAGAGAGCUGCCCCAAAAGUCACCCCAGUCUCGCCAAAGCCUCCUCAAGAAACAGCGAACGCGACUGUAACGAAUGACGAGGAGAUGACGGAAUUGUUGCGGCAGCUGCAGGAAGCUCGCAGUCAACGGGCCAGGGAACAGAAGAAGGUGUCCGAGCUCUCGCAACAAUUGAACACGUUGCUGCACGAGAAUACCGUGUUAGAGGAACAAUUAGCGGAGUUGCGUAAUAAGGCACAAGACGUCAAAACUCUGCAAGAUGAGAUCAGUACUUUGGAGGAAGUCAGACGAGGUCAGUUAUGCGGGCGCUGUCUGCGUGGCAUAGGCACAGAAGCACACGACGAACUCUCCAUUAUGUUAGAUCAAGAGGAGUACGACGAUAUAAGCAUGGCCGAAUCACUGAUUAGCGAAAAUCAGCGGGAUUCCGAGCAAGCCAUGCAGGAUACAGACAGCAAGAACGAAGCCAAUGAAACGGACAACGUAAAUCCGUACCGGGUCCUCGUCGAAAAAUAUCAGGCCUUGCUGGAGGUGCAAAGACGCUGUCAACCCCGUCGCAAAGACUCCGUGCCUGCCAUGUGUAUGUCGUUGCAGGAGGAGCUGGAGAUGUCCGGAGAGUUCAACAAUUUUUAUUCCGCCAGCGCGGAGACUGAAACCGCUGCGGCUGCGGAGUCAACCAAGGCCGCAGUUUCGCAGACUAAACCCGAAGCCUCCGGCAAGAAACCCAUCUCGGCUACCCCAACCGACUUUUCGGAAGCUGAAACCUCGUCGUCAGGCUUCUCAGACGAGACAAGCAACAAGGCGACGCAGACAGACGGCAGACCGGGUUCCUUCUUGUGCUCGAUCGCCGAUGGUGAAGAUUGCAAAUUCAGCAUCUACGAUGACAAUAGUCCGUUCGAGAGCAGGUUCCGCAAGACGCCCGAGUAUCGGCAGCUCUUCAGCGAGAUCUUCAGCGUGCUGAAACGGGCAGCCGAGGCAAAAGACGAGGGCGAGAAGCUACCGCUGUUGGACGACUCCACCACGUCUCAAACGGCAUUGAAAGCGCCAAUAUUACAGGAAGAUCUACAGAGUGAGGCAACAGACGACAAUCAGAGUAUCAUAUCCUCCAUGGUGUCAUCGGUGGUCUCGGAACCAGUCUUUAGGGUGCAGGCCGCCAGCCCGGCUAACGCGAAAAACGGUCCGCAGGUCGACAAUAAGACCAACGCCGUCACGAAUCGCCCCGAGGACGGCUGCAAAAUGGACUAUAUGGCGCUCAAUUUACGUACGCGCAAGAAGUGCUUGGUAAAGAAGACCUUAGUCAAAAAGAUGAACGACCGGUCGACGCCACCGGACGUUAUCCCGACGACAAAUCCCAAGCUUGUUCCGCCCAAGAGCAGCGGCCGCAGGAGGUUCAAGCCGUUCAACCCCGCCGAGUACGAGCACACCGGGACCUGGAACGGCCAACAUAGUGCAUGCCCGAAUCGGCAGCUGAGAGACAGGAGGCAACAGCACAACGGAGUCACGCGCAGUCCGAAUGAGCAGCAAAAGCCCUACGAGUACAAGGACGGCUUCAAGCCGAGCACUGCGUCCGAGGAAGUAGCGCGAUUGAAGCGGCUGGAAAUGUCAUACGCGGAAGUUCUACGCACGCCGAAGUCUAAGUCUAGCAGUUUUCAUCGUAGAAAGUAAGCAUGACGAGUUUAGGAUUUGGCGAAGUGUAUACAAAAUUUAGCGAGAAAGAAAAAGAGAGAGAGAGAGAAUAAAGAGGUAGAGAAAAUUUUCUAACUUCUCGAUUGUAUCUGAACUACAGUUAAUGCGUUGUCGCGCACUGUUGCGCUCCGCGAGGCGAGAUUUCAGUAUUGUUUCGUACUUGUAAAUAUAUCCGACGCGACGUAGCGGAUCAUAACUUAGGCACUAAUUACUCAAGCGUCACGUAUUAGCUUUAAGUUCGGACGUUUUGUAUCUCGCUGUACAUCUCCCUCCUCCCCCCCACAUGGUCAAACGUACAAAGGAACUGUAAUGGUUGUUGCGGAGAAGAGCAGAAGAAAAAAACUUACUUAUGUGCCAUUUAUCCUCCGUGUCAAAAUAUCAACUUCCGAUUACGAAAUCUGUAUCUCUUCGAGCACACGCCCACUCUCUCCAGAGAGGUGAUCCUCCUAGUUUAUCAGCAGCAGCAUGCGUACGUUAGCUUUUGUAUUCCAUAGGUAUAAAUAUUGUGAUCACGUAUGCAUAAAUAAAUAAAUUCUUUACCGAAUUACAUCGUUGUUUCCCUGAUUUUUUUUAACGUGAAUAACUGAAGAAGAAAAAAUGGAUUGUUAAUAAAAAGAAAAAUUUUUAUUUCCUACUUGUAUCUAAGCACAUCAUUAAAUUACAAAGGCGCAGUCUUUUACAUAAUCCUGUUAAAGAAGGACGGAUCAAUUCUUUCGUGUGAUAAACUCAAUACAUUUUAUUCGGUCAUAUUAAAUGUACAAGCAACCAGCACCUCAAUCUUUAAACAAUUCGAGUGCUAUUUUGUUAUGCGAAUGUCUGCCUUUAUAUUUUAACAUCUGAAUUCUUUCUAUCGUCUUCGAUACGAGGAAAGUCAAGGUUUGUUUUAGUAAUGUUUUAAUGUGCUUAAUAUAAUUUAUAUCUAAAAGAUACUGCAUAUCUGAGUAUUACACGCUAGAUAAAAAAAAGUGCAAUUGAAAAAUGCAUGUUAAAUAUAAGAAACAAUAUUUAUCUAAAAAUAAGGGUGUCUUGUGGAUCAACUAGCAUUGAUCGACCGUGUAUACUGAAGAUAAUAAUGAGUGAUAUAAGUUUAUUGAUACAAUUGGGAAGUGGAUUUGCGCGCGUGUGGGCGCGUGUUUCACAGAUAUGCGAUCCAUACACACAUCCUCGUCCGAUUUUUCCCUCCGUAGAGGUUCUUAUAAGAUUAUUCUGCGUGAAUGCCAUUACAUAUACAUUGACACAUUUCCUUCGUUUUUUAAUAUUUACUCAUAUCAAAAGGGACGCAUUAAGAGUCGAUUAAGAGUCAUCGAACAACGCGCGAUGUACUGCACCUAAACUGGGCUGCACGUAACUCGAGCUGACGCUGCGUCUUGAUCUGUAAAGGGAGAAAUUACGUUGAGGAGAAAGUAAAAAUUAAUUUCUGUAACCGUAUUAGAUUACGAUUGUAUUAUGUAAAAAAUUACACAUUAUUAUCGAUUUCAUAUAAUUAAGUAAAAUAAAUAAAUUAAUA